AUGGACAUCAAAAGAUAUCUAAUAAACUUAAAGCCAAAUACAUAAAAUAUUGAAAUAGAAAAUAAGGGUAUUCACAAAAUAGAUGGAUUGAUUGAACUUUUGGCUAAUUUUAAAGAUUUAAAACGACUUUCCUUUAAGAACAACAAUAUUAGAGUUAUACCUAUCAAAUUAUAAGAAAUUCAAAGUUUGCAAGUGUUAGAUAUUUCUGGAAAUCCAAUAGAAAGCUUGGAUAAUUUAGUGGAGGUUUUGAUAAAUCUCAGAGAGUUAUAAUCUUUAAAUGUAUCUCUUUCUAGUCUAGAAGAGGAAAUGUUUUUGAUUGAAUCACUGCCAUAACUGCUUUUUAUUAACCAAAGGGAGGUUUAGCACCACCAGAACUAGUAAAAUGAUAAUCACGAACAUGAGGAAUCUGACUAAAUCACAGACUUCGAUGAUUAUUAAUACUUUUAGAAAAAGAAUGUAGAUGAGGCAACAGAAAUAUUUUAAGAUCUUCAAGGCCUUUAUAAAGAUAAUAAUAGAGAAAGUGAGAUUGAAACUAAAAGCAUGUUCAACUAAAGCGUGUCUAAAAUUAUUUAAAACUUAAAGGAAAAACUAUCUUAAUAAGAGGAUGAUGAUUAAUACUAAAAGGGAUUGAUUUAAAUAAAGCAAGCAUACAAUCUUUAUGAAGUUUGUUUUAAAAAGACAAUUGAGUAUACAGAUAAAGUAGAUGAAAGAUUAUACUAUUCUAUAGCUUCUAUCCAUGAUGCACACGCUAUUAUUUUUAAACAAAUGUCAUAAAUCAUUUAAGAGCAAUCUAAAUAAAUAUAAAUUUUAAAGACAUAAUCUCCUGUUAAUGUAUUAGACAUAGGGGACAAUUCAGCAGUGAAUUAUAAAGAGCUUCAGAAUAGAAUUGAACUUUUAGAGGAAGAGAAUAAAAAAUAUUUGAAUAAAAUAAUUAGAUUAUCUAAAGGAGAAAAUCCUCUUAGGGAUUCUACCUCCUAUAAAUUGAACUAAUCUAAUAACCUUGGAAACACAAAUCCAUCAAUUAAUAUAUCCAUAGGAAAUGCUAAGAAUUUAACUUUAAAUUAGUUAAAAGAGGUAAUUCUUGAAAUAUAUGCAUCAAAAGAAUGGUUUGAUACCAAAGAAUAAAAAAAUUUGAAACUACCUCCUCAAACUAUGGAGAUGCACAUGUAUGAAUACCUCACUUAAAAGUAUGGAUUAAAAUCCAUAGUUAUAGAGUAGGCUUCUACAAUAAUAUAUUCUAUAAAAAAAUAUUCUCAUGAAGAUAAUGACAUAGCUGUUUUUACAAAGAUUUUAAGAAAUGAAUGCGAUGAAAACUUCAGAUUUGUACAAGGACAGCUGAAAAGAACUAUAAAAGAAUUGCUUAAUAUGCAUCUUAAAGGAAAAUAUCCCCUUAAAAACACAGCUGAGUUAAAAAGUAUGGUGGAUUCUAAAUCAGCAGGGUUUGUAACUAUUGAAGAAAUAACAGAUAUAAUAAAUUACAUGUAUAACAAAGAAGACAGUAAACACUUAAUUGAAAAAGUUAAAGAUUUAAUGUAUUUUAAUGUUCAAAGUCCUCCAAAGAAAAAAGGUCAAAAAAGAGAGGAGAUUUCAAAAGAGAAUAUGGAAAGAAAAAAAAUUUUAUACAGCAGUUUCGAAAACGUUAUUCUUGAUUUCUAGUUAAAAAGCCAUGAAAAAUUCUUAAAGCCAUUCAUUUAAUAAUUUAAAUAAAUUGAUACAGAUUCUGACGGUGUUAUAAAUGAAGAAGAAUUUAUAAUAUUGAUGAAUCAUUUAAAUUUACCAAUACCUUAGUCAGACAUUGAAAAAUAUUUAAAGAUGUUGGAUCCUUUCACAACACAAACCUUUACAUUUUCUCAAAUUGUAAAUCUUUUUUCUGAGUAAGUUAUUUAAGUUGAAAAUACUUCGAUGUCUAUCCUUUAGCACCUAUCUAUAAAUUAAGCUAUCUGA